AUGAACCAACCACGGAUGCUGCUAUCAUUUUUAACAAUAAUUAUUUGUUCAGCUUCAGAGCUGGCCUUCCUGGUGGAGCCCAGUGACAUCAUCGCAGUGAGGGACCGCCCCCUUACGCUAGACUGUCAGGUGGAGGGGGAGGGGCCCAUCACUAUCACCUGGCGGCGCAAUGGCGCGCCGGUGCCCACGGGGCAGCGGGUGAGCGUGCUUACCAACGGGACAUUGCUCAUCAGAAACUUCCAGAAACGUGGCGAGAGCAGCGAGGCGGAUGCCGGCGAAUAUGACUGUGCUGCUCAGAACCGCUUCGGCAUGCUGGUCAGCCGCAAAGCCCGGGUCCAGAUCGCAUCCUUGCCCAAGUUUCACACCCAUCCUGAGUCAAUGUCAGUGGAAAUGGGGGGAGUGGCCCGAUUCCAGUGCCAGGUAAACGGGGUCCCAGAGGCCACCAUCACCUGGGAGAGGAACCGCACAGCGCUGAGCACUCAGGACACAAGGUACACUCUGCUUCCUGCGGGUAUCCUCCAGAUCACAGGUGUGCGGCAGGGGGAUGCUGGGCUGUACCGCUGUGUGGCAUCCAACAUCGCCAACACGCGCUACAGUCACGAAGCCCAACUCAAUGUCACCACCACAGCCUCGCGGAUCUAUAAGGAGCCCGUGAUCCUCUCCGGGCCCCAGAACCUGACGCUCACCGUGCACCAGACGGCCAUCCUGGAAUGCAUCGCUACCGGGAAUCCACGGCCCAUUGUGUCCUGGAGUCGACUGGACGGACGCUCCAUUGGCGUGGAGGGCAUCCAGGUGCUGGGCACGGGCAACCUCAUGAUCUCCGACGUGUCGCUGCAGCACUCGGGUGUCUAUGUGUGUGCUGCCAACCGGCCCGGGACCAGGAUGAGGCGUACAGCCCUGGGCCGGCUCGUGGUGCAAGCUCCCCCCGAGUUCCUGCAAUGGCCGCAGUCUGUCUCCAAGCCAGCAGGGGGCAGUGCAGUGUUCACCUGUGUGGCUCAGGGCGUCCCAGACCCUCACCUGAUCUGGCUGAAGAAUGGAAAGAUCCUGACACCUGGAGACAAUGUCAAGAUCACUAACAAUAACAGCACCCUUGCCGUAACGCGUAUCACAUCUGAAGACGAGGCCAUAUACCAGUGCAUCGCGGAGAACAGCGCGGGCACCAACCAGGCCAGCGCCCGCCUGGCCGUCUCGCUGGCCAAGGAGCUGCCUGACUCCCCGCAGGACCUGGCGGCCGUCGUGUUGUCCACCACGGCUCUGCAGCUCCGCUGGGCACAGCCUCCGCCUGAGAUCACAGACGGCAUCAUCGGAUAUGUGCUGCACAUCCGCAAGAUCGGCGAGCCGGAUACUAAGGAGCUGCAGGAGGCCGUAAGCAAGACCACCUUCCACCAUGACUUCAACAACCUGGAGUCUGCAACCACUUACUCCAUCUACCUCAAAGCCUACUCGCCACUGGGAGCGAGCCAGAAGUCCAGCACUGUCAUUGCUACGACGCUAGGGGGCGUGCCCAGCGCCCCCACCUUCUUUACCAAAGUGCUCAAUACCACGACUGUGCAGAUCUUCUGGGAGCUGCCCAGCAAGCCGGGCAAGGUGGAGGGCUUCAAGCUCUCCUACCGCAAGGUCCCACAGCCAGACUUCCAGGCACCACACCUGCUGCCCUGCCAUGUCAACACCCACACCCUGUCCCACCUCGACCCUGGAGCCAUCUAUGAGGUCAAGCUGGUGGCGUUCAAUGGCAAUGGCGAAGGGAACUGCUCCAAGCGCCUGGUCUCCCUGACGGAGGAUGGGACGAGCGCCAAGGCCAACGGAGGAGAAGGACCCUGUGACUGCCGGCAGGAGGGCGAGGGCUCGGUGGCGGGCAUCGUGGUGGGCAUCCACAUCGGCAUGGCCUGCAUCAUCUUCUGCGUGCUAUUCCUCAUGCUGGGGUACCGCCGCAGUCGUUUCUGCAGGAAAGGGACCCAGGACAGCUGGUCUGUUCCCCGGGGCGAUGACGCAGGCCACCACCGGCACAGCAACGGGGGUCCCAAAGAGGCGGGGCCACGCCCAGCUGGCACCAUGGAGUUAGAGCCUCAGAGCCGCGGCUCCUCCGCGCACUGUGACGAGCGCCAGGGCGUGACCCAGCCUGCUCAGUGCCAGGUCCUCAUCGAGCAGCACCCAACCGACCUGCUAGGGACGGGCAUCAGUUAACUGGACCCAUUCACCCCCCCCCCCAGUCCCUCACCCCUCACCCCACCAACCCAGGUCACCAUUGCUGGCUCCCCCCAUUCUCACCUACCCAGCCUUAGUGCCCUCACCAGUAGGGGGGGGGGCAACUUUUGCCUUGAAGUUAUCUCAAUAAGCUGCUAAAAGUCAGGCACUGACACAGACCGCAGACAGAAGCUGGCAGCAGGUGGCCGUGACCCUCAGUCUGGAAUGUAUGUGUGUUACUGAGGUCAUCUGUGUGCACACGGCACCAUGUCCCCCCCCCCUCCCUGGAACCAAAGCAAGGCUGCCGUCACCUCCUGUUUCCAUGGAUGCCAGCAUGGAUACAUGGAUAGUGAACAGAAAUAGUGUUUCUGAUGAGGCAAGCUAAGCACGGUACUGUGUUUUAUACCGCAUUUCCAUUGUAUAUUACUACAUGAGCCUCCCUAUAACCAAAAUAUUUAUUUCAAUGGCUCCUUGUGGUAAUAUUACAAUCUUAUGUUCAGUGAGAUUCCUUCAAAUGCAGGACAGAAGCCUUGUAAAUUGUGCAGGCUUUAUUCAGGUCCAGGCCUAGUCCCUGGAUGAGAACUUGCACCAUCACCGAGGACGGUCUUACAGGCUGUGACGCCACAAGUGUAGACUGCUGUACCAAAAAUGGCGGACUCAGUGGUCUGGACUGACUCCUGCGGUAGUGGUGCUACAUCUUAGAGGGUUUAGGGGACCACACCCCCUCGCAACAUCCUGUGUGCAGGUUUUGCAGCAUAAAGCACGGUACCACACGGACUGACAGGGAUGGGAAACCCAUGGAUGUUUUUCACCAUUUCAACCUCAAGGAAAGCUUUUCUGGAGGAAUAGUGGAUGUAAACCCUUCCCUUGGUGCAGCCAGGACCUGCCCCCCACCCAACUCAAAAAGAUCUAUACAUCCAAAGAUAGCUACCUCAACCUGACGAGAGCUUUGAAGCCAUUGAAGUGUUUGCCUGUGAUGCUGCUGCUCAAGCAGGCCUACCUCUCCCCAAGCCAUUGACCCUCCUGGUCCUUUUACUACAGCUUCGCCUGACCCUGCCACCAGCAUGCAGGAGUCCGGUCUGGAUGGAGCCACCUGCUUCAUGGUCACACCGUAUCCCCACCACCCACCUGCUCAUCUCUCUUGGUCCCAUAAGAUUCUUCGCAUACUCUCGUGAUCGCUCCAGUAUCGCAGGUGUGCCGGGUUGCCAUGUUGUAAAGUGUUUUUUUAAUGCUCCCUGGAAUCUUCUCCGUCCAUCAGACAUCGAGAGCUCGGCCAUGGAUUUGGCCUUAAGGGGUCUGCUUUGGUAAUGGGAGCAGACCAGAGAAACGUCCAUGCAGCACCAUCUCAAAACAACAAAGAACAAACCAAAUUCAAGUAUGAAUAUAAAAUGGACGGCUGAUUUGUUUAUGCAGCUACCUGCAGCUAAAAAGUACCCCAACUGUUGUGUCAUAGGCUACAUAUUAGCAUCAGUUUACCUCAACCCCCAAAGUGCUUUAAUUGCAAAAUAAAGUGUCUCAUGGAAAGAAUGAGCCAUAAGAAACCACUACUUCACCGCAAAGAUCCUCUAUAGAAUGAGUUUUCUGAUCCUUUGCGUGGGAAGUAAAAAAUUGAAGCCUUGGAGAAAGUCGCAGCUGGACAUGGUCUCCACCCUAAACCAGACAGGUGAUUGGCUGUGGGCUGAGUGGGUGGAGCUUGUAGGUGGAGCACAUAUUUCCCAGGAAACAUCUUGCAGGCACUGGGUACAAAGGCCCAUCUCGUCAGCUCAUCCAAAAAAAAUUCCUAUGAAAAACAAGCUCAGUGAUAUCCAAAGAUGUAAAAAAAAUUUAAAGGUUCUUCAUUUCCUUCAUGAUUUUCUUUUUUUUUAAAAAAAGAUAAACUGCAUUAUGAAUUGCAUGCUUUUCCAUUUUUGCAUUUUAAUGGUCCAGUUUUAAGGGUUACAAACUAAUGGAAAAACAACUAGCAAAAGGGCAAAUUCUUCCAUUGAACCAAAGUUUAAAAAUACUGUUAAACGCCCUUUGACCAACGAUGACAGAAACAUUGGCGUUUUAUGUUUCUGUUCUUUAAAACUCCUUGAAACUGUGAACUAUGGGCCUUUUAUAUUUGUAGAACUUUAACUUUUGAAAGAAUUAAAUGAAAAUGGGAUAUAUUUUCAAGAUUUUCUAUGUUGAUACAGAAAAAGUGUCUCUUUCUAACUUUAGUGUUCAAAUUUGCCAAAUAGCUUUUAUGAAUGAUAAAAAUGUGACCAAAAACUUUUUUACAGAUUUUAACAUUCAUAGUCUUUAUCUUGCGUGACACUAAUUCAUGACCAAAGCAGGGGAAUAUGUCCUUAUGUGCAAUUAUGUGCAAAUACAUGACAUGUUCUGAAUUGCUAACAGUUGUGUUUGAACCUUGAGUACAGCAGGGAUGGAAUAGAUUGUUGGUGGGAGGUUGUAACAGGUGUGCUGUUACUCUGGCAGAAUGCAGGAUACAGGGAAUCGGUCCCCUGGUCUUUUGCCUGUUUACGAAUUCCAGUGGCUGCAUAAUGCCGUUUUGUGCUGUGCCCUUUCUGUGGGCGGUAUGCCAAGGUGAAGCUUUGCCCAUGCAUUCAGUAGAAGCAGACAGUUGUGCCAACCUCCCAUUCUCCUUUCGACCCUCCUGUCCUCCAGGUUUAACCGAAACCCUGAUGAAUGUUAAAGGUUUUACUCAAUGUACUGCAGCUGAGAGAAUUUCGCUCACCUUGUCUUUUUAUGCUCAGAAAUGAGUGAGAUAAGAAUGAUACCAAAAGAAAAGCUUGUAUGAUAUAGGAGGUGAUUUUUUUUCUAUGUAGCCUGAGUUGUGUAGAUUUCUCACUGAAAUAUAAUAUGGCUGUUCUUUUUAUGGAACUUACAGAUUUGUUUUUUCUUUUUUAACAGUCGUCUUCCUGUUGUGUAUGGGAAAUGUAACCAAAACCAAGUUGUGCUAUUGUUCAUUUUUUAAAUGUUAUUGUUAUUAUUAUUAAUUAUUUUGUUUUUUUUAUUUUCCAAGCCCUUUUUCCAUACCCUGUUUUGUAUUUUUUUUAUCUUCUCUCUAGAAGUAAGUGGAUGAUGUGAAGAUGUCUGUUAGAACUUGAAGAAAAAUGAAAAAAGGGUGUAGUUUUGGGCAAAAAUAUGGCAAACAUGAACAUGCUCGAAUCGGCAUAUUUGAAUAAGAAAUAUUAGCAGAGAGAAAUCUGUCUGUCCGUCUUCCAGGUACUGAUGGUGGUCGGGGUAAGAGCAGAGCCUGAUCCCUGUUCCAGACAGCGUGUGGCACAGAACAGCAUAACACCCUGGAUGGAAUGCCAGUGAAAGUGUACUGUACAAAAGCAAAAAUAUAGUCGAAUGCGGUUCAAGAAUUGCUAAACAAUUGCCCUUGAGACUCACCUGUUUUUAAAAAAAUGAGGAAUAAGUAGAGAAUUAUAGUUGAAUGCUAGCACCAAUGAGGAAGUCCAAUGCUUUAAGAAUUUGAUCGUUUUGAUUUGACGCAUACCAUUAGUGUGUUUCAAAUUUGGUAUGUCUUCUCAGAAACCUAAAGCUUUAAACUGUUUUCAGAUAUUCCUGCAAAUCUGACCAAAAGAGAAGGAAAAAGGCAUAAAUUAUCAUACCGAAUAAGAAUCCUCCAUGGCCAAAUAACCAAAGACCCACAGCUGUCCUUGAUAUUGCCUGAUCAAAAGACGCUCACAUUGCUGACAAAUGAUUUUGCAUUUUACAUGUCAAAAGAUGAUAAUUUAUGUUUUUCAACACAUCCCUAUAACCACUGCUUCCCACAUAAUUAUGAAGUUACUUUUUACUUUGGUUGCCAUUAGCUAUACAUUACCUUACAAAAUCAAACAGGAAUAUAUUGCAGCUGGAAUAUGUUCUGUCCUGAUCAGUGCAUAUGUUAAUGUUUCUGUGGUAGCAGUGAUUCACCAAUGCAAAAAAGCCCAUUCUGAGCCAUCUGCAGUUUGCUGUCUUGUUUGCUUAUUGCUGCUAAAGCUGUACCCUGAUUAACCAAACAUGACAGCCGUCCAGGUCCUUGUAGAGUGAUGUAUAUCUGCCAGAAGAGUAGCUUAUGCAUGUUUCUGUGGUUUGGUUUGGUCCAGCAGAUAAUAUAAGCAGAUAAUGCUCACUGUUAAUUGGAAAAACAUGUCUGUUAAUUAACCAUUAGGUAAGUACCAUUUCAUGGUCCUGACUGUGAUUUUGUGGGAUUUACUGUUAUGUACUUUGAGAAAUGGCAGCUUUCUGGUGGUUAUUACAAUGACCCUGGCUAAAAACAUGCCUAGACAUUUUUUUUCUGUGUCUUUCAUUUAUUCAGUUUUCCACAGCGUCUGAAACCAAAUAAAACAAAAAGCAUUAAUUGGAAAA